AUGAGGGCAACAGCUUGUGUCCUGUUCCUGGCUCUGACAUUUGCAACGGUGUUCAGUAUAGACUGUGCCAAACAGAAGGAACAGGUUGAUUGCAGUCCUUUUAAAAAAUUACCAGGAAAGAUAUUUUGUUACUACAUGUAUGCCCCAAUUUGUGGAUCCGAUGGCAAAACUUAUCAUAAUGAUUGUCUCUUUUGUUCUAAAGUUAAGAAAACUAACGGCAAACUUAAAUUUGUACAUUUUGGAGAGUGUUGUUGA